AUGGCAUCGUCAAGUCGGAACAGGUACCUCCCUGUCAAAAAUGGACUGAAGUCUUUCUGGCUCAAGCAGCCUCAUGAGUUGAGUGAUCAUCGAUCUACAUCAACAAUCCCAGAACAAAGUGAUAUCAUCAUCAUUGGAGCUGGUUAUGCAGGCGUUGCAACUGCAUAUCAUCUGCUUAAGGAGGGUACCGGUGCAGCUGCCGGUCUGAACAUCACCAUCUUGGAGGCUCGAGGGGCAUCUUCGGGGGCAACAGGCCGCAAUGGUGGGCAUCUUCGACCAGAUCUGUAUGGACAUAUUCCGAAAUAUAUUGAUCGCGCGGGCGUGAGAGCGGGAGCUGAAGUGGCCGAGUUCGAGAUUGAGAACAUGUGGGCCAUUAAAAAGGCUAUCGAGGAUGAAAAAAUUGAUUGCGAUUUUACGUUGGUGAGGUGUGUCGACGUCUACUGCAAUACAAAAGAUGCCACAAAUGCCAAAGCGUCGUAUGAUAAGCUAGUGGCACUCGAACUCGAUUACAUGAAGGAUAUGUUCUUCACGGCUGACCCGAAGGAAGCCGAAGCUUACUCAGGCGUUAAGGGCGCGCUGGUAGCCGUAUCUUUUACCGCUGGCACCAUGUUUCCCUACAAGUUUAUUCUUGGUUUGCUCAAGAUUCUAUUGGCGACCGGGAAAGUGAACCUGCAAACGCACACGCCAGUACUAUCCGUUGAGCGGGAUGAGAAGCGUGGCUACGCCGUGAGCACAGAGCGAGGAACAGUCUAUGCGAAGCAAGUUGUUCACGCUUCGAAUGGGUAUGUCGCAGGUCUUCUUCCGGAGUACGAGCGCAAUAUCAUCCCGUGCAAAGGAAUCUGUACGCAUAUCGAGAUGCCGGAGCAGAACCGAGGCACCGCCCCGCUAUUCACCAAUUCGUACUCCCUUGCAAACGAUGAUAACACCAGCUCUUACCUAAUUCCACGGCUUGACGGUAGUAUAAUUGUAGGUGGGUCAAGACAAAAAUUUCGCCCUUUCAAGGAGCAAUGGUACCACAAUGUGGACGACAGCAUUUUGAUUGAUGCGUCCAAGGAUCAUUAUGAAGAAUACAUGCAAAGGACAUACCGUGGUUGGGAAAAGACCGAUGCAAAAGUAUCUAGCAUCUGGACUGGAGUUAUGGGCUAUUCGUUCGACUCUAACCCACAUAUUGGUUCUGUGCCCUCCAAGCCAGGCCAGUUCAUUCUUGCCGGCUUUAAUGGGCACGGAAUGCCGGUGAUCUGGCUUGGAGCUAAAGGGCUGGCGAAGAUGAUUCUUGCUGACCAAAGAGGUGAGAAAUUACCAUUCAGUGAGACUGGAAUUCCCAGGCUGUUUCAAACCUCGCAGCUCCGGAUUGAUAGAGCUCAAGCGAACAAGGAAGAGGAUGGUGAUAUACUCGGUACCGGUCAGAUAUUUCUGCCGAAACUGCCCAUACAUGAGACGCAUACCUGGAAGAGUAGACUUUGA